AUGAUUAAUUCUUAAUAUUAAAUCAUGACAUUUGGUAUUUAUCUUAUUAUUAUAAAAUUUCAAAUAUGACUAUUGCAAUGAACCAUCCCUCUGGGAGUGCUAGUGCUGGCGGACUCAUCCGUGACCAUGGAGGCCGAUGGCGGCACGGUUUCGCCACUAACAUUGGACAAUAAUCCAGCUACAUGGCAGAGCUUUGGGGCUGCCGCACUGGUCUUCAGUUGGCUUCUGAGCUGGGAAUUACCCACUUGGUUCUUGAAAUGGACUCUCUUUUAGCGGUACAGAUGAUUCAAGCGAGGAAAGCUGGGGAAGGUAUGCCUUCUGGAUUGUUACUGGAUAUUUUCCAUUUCCAGCACACUUUGCGCGAAGGGAACUCAGCAGCUGAUUUUAUGGCCUCACUUGGCCAUAAUCUUACUCAAGGCACUACAUUCUUCCCGAAUCCUCCCGAAGGCAUUGGGAGCAUUCUUCAUAGAGACAACAUGGGAACUUUGUUCCUUAGGACUUAGCUUUGUUUAGCUUCUUAUGUACCAAAAAAAAAAAAAAAGAAUUUAAAUCAUG